AUGUGCAAGAAAUCUACUUGUGUUACCUGCAAACAAGCAACCUGGUGGGGUUGUGGCAAUCAUGUCCCCGCGGUCAUGUCUAAUAUACCUGAGCAUGAGUGGUGUACUUGUGAGCCCAAGGUCGAAAAGGAUGGGGGGAAGUAUCCUCCCAAGGGAGAACAGCCCGACAGUUAA